AUGUCGAUGUGACCCUGGCUUGGAACAUCAUGUCGACGGCAGAUAAACUGCAGCAACUCCGACUGGAGCGCCAGAAGUCGGACCUCUCCCACAAGUUGCAGGCGCUGCAGUCCCAACUGGAGAGAGCUGAGAACGAGAAGAGUACAAUGGCGGAGGAAAGUGGUCACAAGAUAAAACAGGCUUUAUCACUCCUGGACACUGCAAGGAAGGAGAUCGACAAACUGAAAAGAGAGAAAGAGUCGCUGACAUCUGAAGUGACAGAUCUGCGGAGACAGAACGUGGAGCUCAGGACUUCCUCGACACCUUCCUCAGUUCCAGAGAGCAGGAAGGACGUCAAGACCACCUCGGAUGACGUGGACGGUCUCAACACCCUCCAGGAGAACACUCCUAAUGCGUUGUCAUGGGGAUGCGCUGAGUCUCCUAACGGGUUCUCUGACGACCACGUGGUAGUGCGAAGACAGAAUAAUGAGCAGGAGGUCUCUGAGAGGCCCAUGUCCAUGGCUGAGAGGAUGAGCAUGUUCGAAUCGAAGAAAUCAAGUGGGAGAGACUUUGGCCAGAGUCCAACAACAAACGGGGUUUCUUCUCAGAAAGCUAGUUGGAGGAAUGCCCCCGCACAGGUGAAGCUGGGAGAAGAGAAGCCGGAUGAGCAAGAGAGCUCCCCCGUGCCAAGGCGCGCCUCCAAGGUCAGUCAGAACGCUAAAGACAACAGACACACGAUGCCACCCAACGCUUACUCUCCCAAACAGAUCUCCACCCCUCCCGAGAAACCCACCCCUAAACAAGCAGCGCAAGCUUCUAGUGGCAGGGACAAGAUGAGAACUGCUCUUGGAGGCAUGAUGGCCGCUAUCGAGACUGAGAAACAGCACAAGGGAAUGUGGAGCUCCAGGAGGACGACUCAUCAGGGUGACCUUGACAAGCUUCUUUUGGACAAUUUGGAGACAUUUGAUAAGACAUCUGGGAGCACUAGCACAUCAAACUCAACUCACAGAGCACCUCACGACACCAAACACAAAUCCUCAUCAGCUCAGAAAUCUAAGAGGAAUUUUACUUACUCCAGAACCUCUUCUAAACCCCUUUAUGAUGAAAUAGAGGAGGAGAAAGAGGAUUCAGACCCUGAAAUGAAGAAUCUUGCCAGAGGACUGAAAUCAGAUUUAUUUACGGGUACUGACAAAAUGUUAGAUGACAUUGAUCAUUUGUACAAGAACAGUGUAACAAAGUAUGAGAAACACUUUAUCAGAAAAUCAGAGAGUCUGUGCGAUGCCCUGAAUAAGAUAGACGCUUUAAAUAUCAAAGAAGAAAACAAACAGUUUCUGUUAGAAAAUAUGGACAAUGAGACAUACUGUAAUCCGCUGGUACCUCAAAAAUACAGCGUUCAUCCCAAAAAACUGGACACUAACGCUGACAAGCACAUCGCCCUCCGAUCCCUAAUGAAGAAACGGCACGACUUCUCGACGCGGACACCUACCAGAAUAUUUGACAAAAGUGAACCUACCUGGAAACCCACCGGUCUAGUUAAAUUACCUGUUAAGUCUAAAUACAAUCCAUCAGAAGUGGUGAAAGGGGAAACGACAGAAAAGUACUCCUCAUUCACACGGUCAGGUCUUCUGUCUCCACAAGAACGAGUUAUGGAAAAUAUCAAGAACCUGAGAGAGGGAGACGAUAAUAUGGCUCAAGUGCUGCCCUCCAAGGCUAAGCAUAAUAAAUAUGUGCCGUUAGAAUGCGAGGAGCCUCCUCUGCCCCGACCUAGAGGUGUUUUCACUCCCAAACCUUUGAAGAAGACUAUAAAGGAACCUCCAAAACCGAUGAUGCUGCCAGAAAAUAGUAAACCAGCUCCUUUUACUUAUAUGAACUCACUGAAUCCUGUGGCAGAUCUAUCUGUUAUCAAGGCUAGAAAAGAGGCGAACAAGGCUGAAACAAACCCCAGAACUUCAGAUGAUGCACCCCUUACAAAAGGUGUAAAGCGAGGGUCCGUGAAGAAUCUAGCCGCAAUGUUCAACAGCAGCUUGAAACCAAAGCAGGACCAGUCCAAACGAUCAAGACGCAAGAGCGAGGGAUCCUCCAGAGUUGGAGGAAUGAAACAUGGGCUGAUUAAAUCAAAAUCCCUGGUGUUUGAUAACGAUUCAGGGAGUUUAGGAACUGGGAUCUCCACGAACGAUCUGACUUGUAGCACUAAGUACACAGACAACACUGACAGGGAUGUGGACACCUCCAUUAUGGACGAUACUGCAGACAGUGACCUUUUCAACGACAAGAUGCUGCUUCCUCACAUCAUGCUGAACGGGCAGGACAAUAACAAGGAGGAAGAGGAGGAUGACUUCCAGUCGAGUGAGAGUCUGUCGCGAGCAGUGUCUCCAGUGUUAAGGAGUAGGAGAGGCAGCUACGCUUACAAGAAGCGAAUUCCAAAGAAAGUUGAAAGCAACUACAGUGGUUAUUACAACGACAAACCGAACUUCUCUGACACCUCAGAAGACUCGGCUCAGAGGGAAACGCAGCCUCCGGUAAAAGUAUUUGAUAAAGAGUUGAAGAGAACAGUGGCUGUUAAACCGGAACUGUCAACUAUUGUUAGUCAGAGAACUCCCUUUCAGUCGCAAACCGAUCCAACUAUCACUCCAGAAGAACCAGUAACUAACAUCAUGUCUUUAACUACUGCUUCUAACAUCAUGCCUUCAACUGCCGCUAUAGUUAAUUCUACCACACUCACCUCUAGACCCCCCUUGAUAAGAUCUAGACAUAUAGGAGAUGAUGUUCUGCGUCAAAACCCGGCUAAGAAACCUUCAGUUCCAGUAUCAUCACUAGAUGACCAGUUCGAUUUAUCUAAACCCCCUAAGUUUGACAGUGACUAUGAUUUGGACUGUUCUCAGUCGUCAAGCAGCUCGUUAAAAGAAAACGACUGUACAAAGAAUAGCCAGGAUGAAAUGAAACAGGCCAACAUUGAAAAUAAGCUGACUAUAAUCUCAGACCCUAGCAGUACUAAAAUACCGUUUAGUAUCACAGAAUACCAGAAAAUGUUUGCAAAAAAGCAGGAAAGUAGAGAUGCCACAACAACUAAAACUCGUCCUCGGUUCUCCAAACAGAAAACUAUCACCCCCACCUCCCACACUAACUCCAUUGCCGCCACAACUCGCACCACCAUUAACUCCACCCUGUCAUCCCGCACCAACACCUCCACACCAUCAACCCGCAACACCUCCAACACCUCCACACCAUCAACGCGCAACACCUCCACAACCAAUACUCCCAGAGGACUGAUCAAAUGCUCAACCUCCUCUCUCCAGUCAAGGGGCCCCACCGUCAAGUUUGGUGCUCAGCCCAAGUCGAUCACCCCCAAGUUUAUCGGCCUUGUGAACAAUGUGGCCCCCAAGAACCCGGUAAAACGAGCCCAGUCUAUCGCGGCGCCAGGAAGUGCUACCAGUAAGAAAGCAGCUCUGUUACACUGGUGUCAGAGAAUGACAGAGGGACACGAGCACGUCAACAUUACGAAUUUCGGGAAGAGUUGGAACGACGGAAUGGCCUUCUGCGCUCUUUUCCAUCAUUUUGUUCCUGAUCAGAUACCAUACGAGACUCUCGACCCAAGGAACAGGGAGUUUAACUUCCAUUUAGCGUUCACAGAAGGCGAGAAAGCGGGAGUCACAGCGCUUUUAGACGUAGAGGAUAUGGUGGAAAUGCGAAACCCGGACUGGAUGAGCGUGAUGACCUACAUAUCUCUUAUCUACAAUCACUUCAACGGCAUCAGAGUCGGGGGACCUCGUCUUCCUCCCAUGCCUGGCAAUGAGUAACUUCCACCCUUAUCCAGGGUUCUCUCUCUCUCUUGUCGUGCUCUUCUGCUGACCUUGUUGAGUUGUGUGCUCAGUGCUCACCCCAUGCAGUUCCUCCUGCUAAUUUUUGAUGUCAUUGAGAUCGAGGAUUGUUUACCUAAUACACUCGGUUGUGAUCAUAUUUAGAAUAUCCUAAUGUAAUACUAAUAACAGCUAAUCGUUUAUUGAAUAUCUCAAUAUUUUUUACUUUAUAAUCGUGAAAUUAAGCGAGUCUGAUGUUCUGAUAAAAGUCUUUUUGUUAAAAGAAAAGGAAUGGCUGAGAGCCGACAUUUGUAAAUAGAAAAUUCCAAAAAGUUGGCAGCAGUACGAUUUGACCGAGCUCCAGUGUUUGAAAGUUGACAAUAAUAAAUAAUAAUGAACUAACCUCGCAAGAUUUCGAGUUUUUAACAGCUCUCUUCUCAUCAUUCAAAUAUUUGUAUAAAAUGUAUCAACUUUGGACUGUGAUCUUCGAUUUGUCGUAUGCCCUGAAGAAAAGAGACUGGAACUUGAAGAUUAGAGAAUUGCUGAAAACCAAACAAUUAUUUCAAUUCCGUUCUUUAAUUUCAAAUAACAGCUUUUGAUUCUUUAACAGCUAAGUAAGCUGGAAUCAAAACUUUUUUAAUUGAUUUAUGUAGAGAAGCAUGUAAAUACCUAUUUAAAGGAUUGAUAAUAUUAUAUUUGACAUUUUGUACAC